CCUCGCCCAUCCCCAAGGGAGCACGCGCUGCUGACCACGGGAACGCGACAUUGAUACAGCGCCGACCGCAUCAUCCCCGUGACGAGCGACGUGCGCGAGGCGUCGUCUUCCUAUUCUUACUCCAUUAGGCUGCUGAGUCCCGCAUCGUCGUCGCCCAAGAUACUCAGCGAUUGCCUCGACCCCUUCGAAGCCAAGACAAUACCCAAGCCCCAACUGGCCCUGGCGGCUACACGACCAACGCCGCACUUCUCCCUCUGCCCCGCGCUGGCGUGAAGCAUCAUGGCAGACGACAGCCAAGGGGCCAGCCCCAAGAACGAACCGGCGCACGUCGAGUCUAGCGAAGAUGCAGAGACCCGCGCCGCCCGCCGAGAGCUGAAGCAAUCUUCCAUCUCGGACCCCCCGCCUGAGGAUGCCGCUGACUCGGGCCAUGAGUCUGCUGCCGACGAAAACCGUGCCGAAACCCCCGCUGACGAUGUUUCCGACGCCCAAAACGCGAGUCUCAAGGAACAUGUCGCAUCGCCGAAAAAGAAGCGGGCUCAUGACCAACUCGACGUGGAUAAGGAGGACCGAGACGAAGAUGGGGCCAGCGUCGCCUCGACCGAAUCGGCUAGGGAUCGGGCCUCACGAUCGGAGCCGGAGAAGAAGAGGGCUCGCGACAAGGAAGCGGGCGAAUCGUUGCCUAAACCCGCCGCUGCGACCGAGACGCAGUCGGCCACGCAAAAGGACAGCGACAGCCGCGACAAGCCUGUCGAGAACAAGGCCCCCGAGACUUCCGCAACCGCAUUCGCGGCAUCAGGUUUCGGAAAGCUGGCUUCUGGGACGUCGGCCUUUGCGACGUUUGGAUCUGGCAAGCACUCCGCGUUUGCAUCAUCUUCUAAGCCGACUCUGUCGUCCUUUGCCCCAGCUGAGCCAUCGUCAGAGUCGCAACCGGUAGCCGCGACUGCGGUACCAAAGCUCACAUUUGGCAGCAAUGGAGGAUCAUCCCCAUUUGCAGGGCUUUCGUCAUACAACGGCUUUGGCAGCGGCCUCGGCGGGGGUUUCGGCUCAUCCUUGCCUGGAGCGAAGCCACUUACAAGCUUCGCGGCCUCCUCUGGCAAGCCACUUCAGAGUGCCAAGGCUUCGAAGCCGUUCGGGGCGCCGGAUAGUGACAGCGAAGGAGGCAGCGACGAGGAAGAUGAACUGGAUGACGAGGGCCAGACCGAUGCAACACAGCGCGCAUUGUCUCCGGAAAAAGAGACGGACGAUAAGAGGAGGACGAAGCUUCAAAAAGUCGAGGUGGACGACGGAGAAGCGGGCGAGGCAACAGUGGCGUCGGUCCGAGCGAAGAUGUUUAGUCUGGACAAAGAGACCGGCUGGAAAGAACGCGGCGCCGGCAUGCUCAAGAUCAAUGUGCCUCGGAGCUGCGUCGAUUUCGACGACAACGGGACGCCUGUUCCGGGUAGCUUCGACGCUUCUGGCCUCGAGGCAGACGAAGAGGCCGGUGAGGAUGCAGGUGCUCAUAAGGUGGUUCGUCUCCUCAUGCGGCAGGACCAGACGCACCGUGUCAUUUUGAAUACGGCCAUCGUCCCCGCCAUGCAGUUCCAGGAAAAGGCGUCGCUGAAGUCUGUGGGCAUUUUGUUUACUGCGUUCGAGGGCCCGGAGGCCAAACCCGUCAGCGUCACUAUGAAGAUGUCCGCUGCUAAUGCCAAGACCUUCAUGAACGAGAUUGGCAUGGUACAGAAGGAGCUUCGAGGAAACUAGGUAGCGACUCAAACUCGCGAGCGCGCACGCAUUAGCGCGUGUCCCGUGCUCUUUCCCCCUUCACACAUUUUUUCCUUCGCCGUCAGAGAUCGCUCUUCUGCUGGGAGAUAGAGGUCGGGGGCGCGUGGUCAGAGACCAGCGAUCGGGCGUACUUGGCACGGGGAGACGGAUACACAAGGGACGUUGCUUGCAUGUCUGCCAGUCUAGAGAGGGGCGGGUUCUGGCCGGAGUAAAGGUACAAAGGCCUGGUCUGAUUGUAUAUAUACAUACCAAUCUACUAUAUCUUACA